CUGAAGCUGUUCACUUCUGGACCUCGUUACUUUUCUUCUCCUGCUUCUUUUCAGUCUUUUUUUCAGCUUUUUCAUCUCAAUACAUUUUACCAAGAGGGUAAAACACUGCUGUUGAGCUAAAUCACCUGUGGAUUCAAUUUGUUUUGAAAUUUUUUUUACUCCUGGUAGGAAGAAUGUCGCACCCCAGCACUCUGGAUUUGGACAGAAGCAGCAUCCUGGAGAAAUCUCGUCGCUCCACCAGUCGGAGCCAGCCUAGGGCCCAGGCCAAGCACGGGGAAGUCCUGUGUGACUUCUGCACAUCAGGGAAGCAGAAGGCCGAGAAGUCCUGCCUGGUGUGCCUAGCGUCCUACUGCGAGACUCACCUACAGUCCCACUAUGACUAUCCCGCCUUGAUGAAGCACAAGCUGGUCAAAGCCACAGGUCAGAUGAGGGAGAAGCUCUGUGCGCAGCACGACAAGCUACUGGAGGCUUUUUGUCGCAAUGAUGACACAUCAGUGUGUGUGUUGUGCAUGAUGGAUGAACACAAACAUCACGACAUCGUCCCGGCUGGAACUGAAAGGACGGAGAAACAAAAACAACUUAGUACUACGCUGUACAAAUCUCAACAAAGAAUUGACCAGAGAAUCAAAAAGUGGCAGGAUCUCAGACAAGCUGUGGAAUCAGUUAAACACUCUGCUCAGUCGGCCCUGGAGGAGAACGAGCGGAUCUUCACCGAGCUGCUGCUCUCCAUAGAGAGGAAGUACAAUGAAGUCAAGGAGAUGGUCCGCUCCCACGAAAAGAUCACGGUGACACGGGCUGACAUAGUGCUAGACCGUCUGGAGGAGGAGAUCACUCUGCUGAGGAAAAAACACAACGACCUGGAGAAGCUCUCGCACACUGAUGAUCACAUACACUUUCUACAGAGCUGGCAGUCUCUGUCAGGACCCUCUGGGUAUGAAGACCUCAACAACAUCACUGUCGCUCCCAACUACUCCUUUGAAUCCACCAAGAGAGCCAUCGCUGCUCUGAAAGUACAAGUUGAAGAAGUCAGCAAGAAUGAAAUGAGCAAAAUCUCAGGAGCAGUGAAAGAAGUCUACGUCACACAAGAAGGGGAGACCCAGACAAGAAGAGAAUCUAUUCUGAGAGAAGAACCAAGAACAAGAGAAGAACUGAGGAUAAGAGAAGAACCGAGGACAAGAGAAGAACCGAGGACAAGAGAAGAUUUCCUGAAAUACUCUUGCCAGUUGAUUCUGGACGUAAACAGCGUUCACCCCAGCCUUCACCUCUCGGAGGGAAACCGAACAGCCACGAUGAAGAGUGAGCCCAAAAACUACCCAGACCACCCAGAACGAUUCGACCACUGGCAGCAGGUAUUGUGCAAAGAGAGCCUGACUGGGACUCGUUGCUACUGGGAGAUGGACUGGAGGGGAACAGAGGUAGACGUGGCUGUCACCUACAGGGGAAUCCGCCGCAAAGGGAACGGGAAUGAGUGCAGCUUGGGCUGGAACGAUAAGUCCUGGAGUCUGUACUGCUCUGACUCCCAGUUCUCCUUUGUGCACAAUAACAAGAGGAAAGAAAUCCCAGCUCCGAGGUCAUCUCGUAUUGGCGUCUACGUGGAUCGUGCAGCAGGAACACUUGCGUUUUACAGCGUCUCUGAUGGCAUGCAGCUUUUGCACAGAACCCAAACCGCGUUUACAGAGGCCCUGUACCCUGCAUUCAGUGUGUGGGGCUUUGGAACCACAAUUAAACUGUAGCAGAGUCACUAUAGUGCUACUGAUCUGAAUUUACUUCACAUAAUUUCCCCCAAUACGCAACAGGGUGUUUGAUUAAUUUUUGUUGAUUAGUUCAGUGGUUGUUUUUCGAUCUAGCCCCCCUGGGGAUAUAAUAAACAAAUAGUUAGAAAUAACAUAUUUGAGCCAUACAUUGUUACAAAAGAUU